CAUCGAAGGAACUAAUGAUCUUGUCUAGUUCAAGUGUAGUUCAACUAGUACAAGCCUAGCACAAUAACAUUAUUAAUAUUGUAAUCAUCUCAACAUUGUAGUGUUCCACUUAGUAUGGUAGAUUUGUAUGACUUUUUUUUAAUAUUGAACUUAAUGAUGUAUAAUAUAGGUCAUUACUGUUUGAAGUAUGAAUUUUUGUUGCAAUGUUAUUCACCUGCUGUUAGGACUUGGAGAGUGUAUGAAAGGAAGAGGGUAAGGCAGAAUAAUGAUAAUAACUAACUGUUUUACAGUUAGUUUAUGAAAGAAUAAUGAUAAUAAUUAACUGUUUUACAGUUAGUUGUGGACAGGGGUGGGAAUAGGUCCUUUAUACAGACCCUUUGUUUGUUUUAGAGGGUGGUUAGAGAUUUGAAUGUUAAAUAACCGGUCUUUGCACCAGGUGAAGGAGGUUAGGCUCCUCUGAACAAUGUAUUCUGGAACCUUGAAGUAAAUACAAUUCUGUUUCUUUUCAUACAAUUGUGUCCUGUGUUUACCAUUGAGAGGGUGAGAAGAAAAGCAUAGUUAGGAAUUCUUUCCCGAAUACCUAACAAAGUGGUUCGACCUGCCGGAUCUCUGUGGAGGAAAUAACGAGAACGAUGGAGGGAAGAGUGAAAGUGGUUGAAGGGAAGAUGGAACAUUUGGAAUUAGCGGUGAACGGGUUGAAGGCGGAGACUGUAGCGAAUUGUCAAGAGUCGAUAGCCAUGCACAAGGACAUCCAAGAAUUGAUACGGGUAGUUGAGGAGCGCCACAAGCAAAUAGAGGAAAGAUCUGAUGGGAGUCAAGACUCUAUAAAUCAUGAUGGAGGAAACCAGUGUUUUGGUAAUGAGGGAGAACGAUCGGAUAAUUUGCCCAAUUGGAGACGAAGGGUAGAAUUGCCUAUUUUUGAGGGAACUGACCCCUUGAAUUGGAUUAACAGGGCAGAGAAGUUUUUUGCAAUUCAAAAGGUGGCAGAGGCGGAAAAGGUUGAACUGGCGCAUAUCAGUGUGGACGGAAGCGUCGGUUAUUGGUUUAAGUUUUGGAUGGAUAAGGUGAGUGACCGUACCUGGGUGAGCCUCAAGGAGGCGUUGUUGAUCCGUUUCGAGAGUCGUCCUUGUGGUGGAGUCUUUGAAAGAAUGGCGGCGAUCAAACAAACGACCACUGUGGAGGAGUAUGUGAAGGAGUUUGAAGCGUUAGCCGGACAAACCAAGGAGUUUUCCGAUAAUCAACUGUUGGGUUAUUUUUUGGCUGAACUCCGCGAGGAGAUUAGGUGUCAGAUGAGGCCCUAUGAUCCACGUGAUCUGAUGACGGCGAUGAGGAUCGCGCGUAACGUUGAGGAGGCGCUACGUGGAUUGGGUUUGCUAGGAUGGUCUGGGGCAAAGAACCCAUCUUUAUGGGGGCGAUCGGCAGGAGGAGGAGCAGUUGUGGCUAGGACAGAGCAGUCGAGAAGUCUAGUGAAAACGUCACCAACCGAAAGCGUUGGGUCGGUAAAACGUGACAGCGCGAUGGGAAACAAACCAGUGAAAGGAGGAAGUUACAACGGAAGUGAUGGUCGGAGUCGAAACACGAGAAAUCUGCCCUAUCCUGAGUACCUGAAACGUAGAGAGGAAGGCAGAUGUUUUCGUUGUGGGGGUCCCUUUAGCCCUGGGCAUCGGUACCCUGAGAAGAGCCUGAGAGUGGUGUUAUUGGCUGAAGAUGAAGAGGACGAGGAAGAGGGAAUGGUGCCGGAGAUAGAAUCGCCAUGCAAGGAGUUGUCAACUUUCUCAGCCGGUGGGCUAACACAACCGAAGACCUUGAAGCUGCAAGGGAAGGUGGGGGAGAGAGCGGUGUUGAUAUUGGUGGACAGUGGCGCGAGCCACAAUUUUGUUAGUCUAAGGUUGGUAGAGGAGUUGAAGUUAGAGAGGGAAGACACACCACCUUAUCAUGUCAGUUUACGGUGACCCAAAGUUGGAUCGAAGGGUUAUAGAGUCGAAGCAUCUGUUAAAGAUGGGAGAAGUAGAAGCAUGUGCUCUAGUUUGGAGUUUGGAGAGCACAGAGUCAAGUAAGGGUAGAGAAUCAGAAGAGGUUUUAACUGAGAAGCAGAGGAGGGACAUGGAGGGAAUUUUAAUUCAAUACGCAGGGGUAUUUCAGGUACCCCGGGGUUUGCCACCUAAUAGAAAAGAAACACACCAGAUUUUUCUGAAGGAAGGAACCGACCCAGUAAACGUUCGACCAUAUCGCUAUCCACACGUCAUGAAGGAGGAGAUUGAACGACAAGUGUUGGAAAUGUUGCAUGCGGGAAUAAUCCGACCUAGCAUAAGUCCGUAUUCGAGUCCAGUGAUCCUCGUGAAGAAGAAAGACGGGAGUUGGCGGUUUUGCAUCGACUACCAGGCUCUUAAUCAAACCACCGUUCCAAACAAGUUUCCGAUCCUCGUCAUCGAGGAGCUUCUGGACGAGUUGGCCGGUGCAAUGUAUUUCUCAAAGGUAGAUCUCAAAUCGGGGUACCAUCAAAUUCGAAUGGCGGCGGAGGACGACCAGAAGACAACAUUCAGGACGCAUUUGGGGCACUACGAAUUUCUGGUGAUGCCUUUCGGCCUCACCAACGCCCCUGCAACCUUCCAAAGCGCUAUGAACGAGUUGUUUCGACCGUUUUUGAGGAAGUCCGUGCUCGUCUUCUUCGACAAUAUUCUUGUAUAUAGUGCGUCUUGGGUUGAGCAUUUAAAGCACGUAGAAGAAGUUCUGGAACGUUUACAGGAACACAAGUGGGUAGCCAAUUCCAAGAAAAGUGAGUUUGGGAAAACUUUGUUAGGUUCCUUUGUUCCAGGAACCGAACAACAACUUCCAGUUUUCACACACACUCAACAAUAAUCAAACAGUAAGCAAAGAUAAAGAAAUAUGUAUGAAUGUGUAAUUCUAUUUCCUCUGUAAUGGAUAGAAAAGGAAAUACAAGUAUCACUAUCUUUCUCCCAAGGAAGCCUCCCUUCCUCCACUGGCCAAGAGGUCCAGUCUCAAUACCCAAAAUAAUAUCUGAUCCACUCUCUCCCAAAUCUGUUUAUUAUUUAUAUUCCCUCUCUCUCUUCUAACAACUUAACCACCUUCUCCCGCUACUUAUUUCAUCCCUUUUUUACCCCUUCUCAUGUAAACCUUUUUUACCUAACAUUACCCACCCCUAGUAAAAAAUAUUAGAUUUUGUUAAAAUUAAUAGAAAAGAAGACAUUAAAUAAAAAAAUUAGAAGAAUAUGAACUAGAAAGUAUAAAGGAAGAAAAGGAACAGAAUCCAAGGAAGAAGAUUGAUGCCCAACUUUGUAGCAUCUUCAAAUUCAUUCUUAUGGCUUGUUUGAUAGGAGGAGUGGAAACAAAGGCAAUGAAUUCAAUUGGAUUUUUUUUCUAGGAAAAAAAUGGGAAGGGGGAAUGAAGUAGUUAAUGGGUCUCACUACUACUUUUCCACAAUAUUACUCCCCUAUCAUUGUUGGGUAUCAAAGAGGGUCAGUCUCACUUUGUCAAUGCCAGGUCAGUUCACCAGUGACUACCACAGUCCACCUUGUUCUCUCCAUUGAGCACCUAGUUGUCUUAUCAAGUGAUGUAAAACCCUAUAGUCACCAUCAUCAUCUGCCAUCGAAUGACAUGUAGACCCCAAUAGAUUUUUUGAUACCCGAUUUGAAGUAGCCCUCGAAGCAAUAAAUAAAACUACUGGUCACCUCUGCCAGCACAACAUCUUUGUCCCACCAACCUAAAAUGAUGUCAUGUUGCCUCUAUCGAUCUCAUCGGCCUCUCUUCUCCUAAUUCCAACCUCCUUUUCUACCUUUCCCACUGAUUGGAGUUUGAAUCCAAACACAUUGAAAGUUCCUCUUUUACUAAUGUUCUCUCUGUUGUACAUUGGUUCUCUCUGUUUUUUAUUUGCAAUGAUAUCUGGACCUGUUCACUCAAUUUCUAGGUCACCCACAACUACUUCAAAGAACCUCAAUGGGAAAAAUUAUUUGUCUUGAUCUGCUUGGGUUGAACUGUGGUUUCCUAUUAUUAUGGUGAAUCAUCCGUCACAAGAAUUAUUUGCCUUUACUCAACUUCUAGGUCACCCAAAACUAUUGAAUCAUUUGUCACAGUAUCUACUAGCUAAGAGGAGGUAGUGGAGAUAGAGUACAAAAUGGUUGCAAAUGUCCUCAGUGCACUUAUUGUAAGAGGAGGGAUUACGCUCAAGAAAACUACUUCUAUAUACAUGGCUUCACAGAUAAGACAGGAAUGCCAGGAAUAUUUGUGAUUACAGCCCAGCAAUCAGGCACAAGCUUCCAACCAAUAUGGUUUGUCAAAACCUUGCAUCUCCUAAAGCAAGGAAGGUCAAAGCCCAUGGAUAAUUGAUUCCUAUACUUUAGAUCAUAUUUCUAGUAAAACCUUCUGAUUUUCUUCCAUCUCUUUUCCUAGAGUUGUCUUCAACGUGAUUCUAUUUAAGAUUAAUAACUACUGUUUAUAGUGUGCAUAAAACACAUACAUUCUUGUCAUAAGUUAUAGUGUAAAGUUGAAAAAAUGUUGGAAGAAAUUUAUAACGAGGAUACAUUUUUUUAUAGCUGCUUUUGGUGCUAUUUUUUAAUUAGACUAUUUUCUCGUUGAAAGAAACAUUAUCAUUAUAUUUGAUAAAAUUACUAAUUAGGAACCACACAAGUUCUUUAUAUAAAAAUAAUAGUUUAAUCUAGUAUAUGUGGACAUGGUUCUCUCACACUAACAAAUCUUUUUAUUCCUCCAGAAUGUUAGGAUAUUUAUCCUAUUUAUCAUGAUUAUAUUGUGUCUAGGGUUACUCUAAUUAUCAUGAUUAUAUUGUGCCAGAAUUACUCUAAAUAUCAUGAUUAUAUUGUGUCUAAGGUUACCUUAAUUAUCAUGUACUCUUGUAUCAAUUUAUUCUUAUAAAUGGAAGAUUAUGAGAGAGACAAUCAAAUCCUCUAGAAUUAUUUUACAGUUUAAUUCUUAAGUCUCGAGAAAAUCCUUUCAAAGCCAUUCUUAGAAAAUCACCUAUUUUCUCAAGUAUUUUUAAAAUUGUAUUAUUUUUGUAUAAUAGAAAUGGGGAUACAUAGGCGUGUGAGUAUUUGUGUUUCUUGUAGAUAGAAUAAAACAAUUAAUUCAAGAUAAUGAUAUUUAUCAAUUUAAUUGUAGGCUAAAUAUUUAAUUGCAUAAAUUGCACUAACACCAUUUAUACUUCUUGAUUCUUUAAUGCAGAUUAGGUGUUUCAUUUCCUUCUCUGCUUCCUAAUGUAAAAUAAGUAUGUCUACUGAAUCAUUGUUUUGACAGAUAUUCAAGAAUGCCACCAAAUUUGUUGCCUCUUGUUGUUACAUCUAUUAGGACAAGGAUUGAAGAAGGAUUUUGGUUGAAAAGUGAACGAAGUGGUCUGCUGGCUGCUGCUAUUGGUUGCUUGGCGUUAGCUUUGUCUACCUCGCCAUCUUCUGCUCAAAUAAGGAAUAUGCUCUGUCACGAGGUUUCUUCAGGCCCGUGAGAAUGCUACAGACACUUCCACAGUUUCUGAUGGUUAUGCGAAGAUGUUUACAAUUUUUAUUCCACUUCUGGUGGAUGAGUGUAAAGGAUGAGCGUGAGCGUGAACCUGUGAUACAAACAGUAGCCUUAGCACCUCUUGUGGACGCUCAGAAAUUGCAAGGAGGUUUGAAUUAAUGACAAAUAUCAAGCAUGUGCAGCCAAGAAAAAGGGAGUUUCUUUUAUAUGAAAUGCUUCUGAUAUGCUUAAAUUGUGUUGUAUGACCUGUAAUUGAUAGGAUUAUAAUUGUUUGAUCUGUUGAAUUAGUGGAAUUGUUUGUGCAGUAUCAGUUGAGACAUUAUUUUAGAGCAAUAAGCAUCAAUUCUGUGCAUCAAGUUUACAAGAUCGAGAAAGGGAAGUUCUAAUUGCUUUAUCUUUUUGUGCAAACUGGUUUGGUUUAGGGUGUAAGUGACAACAGCCUUGUUCGUUUGUGUUACAGGAUUGGAACAUCAAGCUUCAUAAUGAGAUCAAACUAGUUGAAAGCCACAUUUUGAUCUAAUGAAACAUUGCAGCAGUGGACCAGUGGACCGUACCAAGAAAGUAGCGUAGCUUAUGUUUUUUAUUUUCCUUGUAUUUGAUUUGUAAUGGGUUUGUGUCAGCGUAUUGUUACUCUUAGUUUUAGUUUUGGUUUGUAAAAGGCCUUUUAUAAAGUCCAAGUGCUUUGGAGGAGUUUAGUGCUCUUUCCAACUCUUGGCAACUUUGAUUGCUCUUUUUGAAUUGGACAUAGCUAGACAGGUGAGUGUGUCUUGUUAGUCAAAGUUACAAGCUUCACCAUAGUAUUUUGUCUUUGCAUUUUGUGAUCACGUUUUAGGGGUUAUUAGAGUCCGCUAAUUGUUUGUGUUUGUUUGA